AUGCCGCAAGACCUGUUCAAGUGGGAGGAUGGCGGGACUCCCCUUUCACACGAGAAAUGCCGCACCGUCUGCUUGGGUAACCACGUCGAGUGGUGCCACCGAUACCACAGCUUGUUCAGAAUGAAUUGGAGCUCGCGAUGCAGUGCCUGCAAGACGACGGACGAUCAGCAUGAGAAACGCCAUAGAGAGAUUGCCGAGAUCCUGGCCAAGAUCAGGAAGUUCAAAGCUGAGGAGGAGGCAGCGGCGAUGGAGGUGCUGGCUUCCCCGACUGCACCAAAGACUCCUAGGACGCCGCUCACCGCGAAAGCACUCAAUUCUGUGAGUGGCUUCUUGGCCGAGACUCCAAAGACGACCAAGAAAGAGAGGAAAGCCGCAAAGAAGGCGGCCAAGGCUUUGGACCGUGAGAAGGUGGUGACAGCGCAGGACAUUGAGUUUGUCGCAAAGACGUUGCACCCGAAGUCUGAGGAAGAGAUGGUGGAGGACGUUGAGAUGGAGGAGCUCGGUGGAGAUCUGGACAUCAAGAUGAACUUGAAGUUCAACAACAGCACUUGCAACUCGAAGUCAGCCCGGCACGACUACAUCAUCCGGGACCGCGAGCGUAGCGACGUUGACGACGGCACGGUUAACAACUUGCUGGUCGCCAUGGACGUCGACCCUCAGGCCAAGGGAAAGGAAGGUGAGCUUGUCCGUGAGCUGGCUGAGGCGAUUAAGAACGAUCUCGUCCACUUCUACGAUGAGCUCAAGAUCGUGGCCAGGAACAAGGCAGGUUUCUGGCGUUGGGCACACAAGCGGGCGUAUCGUGAUUUGGUGGAGAAUGGCAAGGAGUGGGAUGCGAAGCAUGCAAAGGAUGCUGAGCACGCCAAAGAUGCUGAAGAUCGUGUCGCUCACCCAGAUGAGCGGCGUCCGUCUGAGCAAUCGAUCGACACCGAGGGAGAUGAUGAGACGCUGCCUUCUCGGAAGGGCAGUAUCGACUCUAGCACGCCGCCGUCGGUGGGCACUGCUUUGACUGUGCCGUCUACCAAAGGCUCCUCCAAGAAGAAGGACUUGAGUAUCAACAUCCCCAAGACGAAGACCGAGCCAGAAGACGACGAUGGAUGGGUGCAAGUGGGUAAGAAGGCCUUGAAGUCCCCUGCGACCGGCAAGCUCACCCUGUCGUCGAACGGUGGUCUGCAUCACCUGGCAGUCAAGCCAAAACAGACGGCCUGGUCAUUCUCGGAUUUGGAGUAG